GGUGUAAUUAAGCCUUAAAAAAAUUGAAGCGCAGUACGCUGCUUCGUCCUCAGGCAAAAACAUCGAGCAGUUGGAAGGCAGUCCAUAGGGUCGCACCACCGGUUCAGCUUCUCUUGCAUGUGCUUUCGUCCCCGGCAAUAUCUUAGCUGCUCCUCCAGUUUUGCAGUAAAAGAGGAAGAAAUAGAGACUGAAAAACAAACCCAACGCAUUUGACAGAGACAAAAAGAGCGUUAACCGCUGUCCUCACUGCUGCCAAAUCUUCCCCUGUGUAUUUUUCAUAGAUGGCAUCUCUCGGGGAAGAGUACCCUGAUGAUACUCGUACAUUUAUGCUUCUUGCUAUAGAACAGGCAAAGGUGGCUAUGGACUGCCUCGAAGUUCCGGUUGGCUGUGUGAUUGUUGAAGAUGGCAAGGUCAUAGCAUCUGGAAGAAAUCGAACAACUGAGACACGAAAUGCUACAAGGCAUGCAGAGAUGGAAGCCAUUGAUACUCUUCUUGAGCAGUGGAGAGAAAAGAGGCUUUCACAGUCAGAAGUUGCCAAAACUUUUUCAAAAUGUAAACUCUAUGUUACAUGUGAGCCAUGUAUAAUGUGUGCAGCGGCUUUAUCAUUCAUUGGAAUAAAGGAAGUAUUUUAUGGCUGUGCCAAUGAUAAAUUUGGCGGGUGUGGAUCAAUAUUAUCAUUGCACUCAAGUAGCUCUGAGCCAGUCAUUAGUGGUGGAGCUCCCCGAGGUAAAGGUUUCAAAUGCAAUGGAGGGAUAAUGGCAUCAGAAGCAGUCUCUCUUUUUCGUAGUUUUUACGAGCAGGGAAAUCCUAAUGCUCCAAAGCCUCAUAGGCCUCUUGCUCAACAGGCAACACAAUGAACAAUGUUCAAAUAAAGUUCUGGACCUUAUGAAGGUUUGCACAAGCCUGAGCUCAAUACUUCAGGAUUUCGAAACGGAAAGUGAAUGGAAACUUUGAGAGAAGUUCAGAAAAUAUUCGUCUCUCUUCAAACUUUUUUUUCUUCCAUUAAUUAUGUGUUCGUUAACUGUAUUGUAUGAUACAACUUUCUUCAAUGUCAAGAUAGUCAUAGUUUACUCACUGCUAA